AUGAAGGCGCGGCGGAAGGUGACACGCGGGUCCUCAAGAUGGCGGCGUCCUGGGCUUGCCGGAAAUGUCUUGUCAGUGGCAUACGGCUUAUAUCUGGAAGAUACCCAGCUCCUAUACUCUACAGUGGUAUAACAUAUAGAAUGGGCAGGCCUAUUUUAGAACUACAUCAGUUUAGAUGUUAUUCCUCUGGAGGAAGAAAAGGCUUUAUAUCAGGGUUUGUUGAAAACAUCAAGCAGGAAUUAGCCAAAAAUAGAGAGAUGAAAGAAAGUAUUAAAAAAUUCCGAGAUGAAGCUAAAAGGCUAGAAGAAUCUGAAGCGCUCCAGGAAGCAAGGAGGAAAUAUAAAACCAUUGAGUCUGAAACUGUUAAGACAUCUGAAGUGAUUAAAAAGAAGCUUGAAGAACUAACUGAUACAGUUAAAGAGGGUUUGGAUGAAGUAAGUAAGAGUGAUAUUGGCCGGAAGAUAAAAGAAGGUGUAGAAGAAGCAGCCAAGACGGCAAAACAGUCUGCAGAGACAGUGACCAAAGGAGGGGAGAAACUGGGCAAGACAGCAGCAUUCAAAGCCAUUUCUCAGGGAGUAGAAACAGUUAAGAAGGAAAUGGAUAUAAUAGGGCAUACAGGUCCUUACAAACGUCCAGAGCGACUAAGGAAAAGGACUGAAUUUUCUGGAGAGAGGCUCAAGGAGCAGAGAAUAUUUGAAGCUAAUGAGGAGGCCAUGGGUGUGGUGGUACACAAGGAUUCCAAAUGGUAUCAACAGUGGAAAGAUUUCAAGGACAACAAUGUGGUCUUCAAUAGGUUUUUUGAAAUGAAAAUGAAGUAUGAUGAAAGUGAUAACGCAUUCAUUCGAGCCUCCAGGGCUGUGACAGACAAAGUCACAGAUUUAAUUGGUGGGUUGUUUUCAAAGACAGAAAUGUCUGAAGUUUUGACUGAGAUUCUCAAAGUGGACCCAGCCUUUGACAAAGACGGGUUUCUAAAGCAAUGCGAGAAUGACAUAAUCCCUAAUGUUCUGGAGGCUAUGAUAUCUGGGGACCUUGAUAUCCUGAAAGACUGGUGCUACGAAGCAACGUACAGUCAGCUUGCUCAUCCAGUCCAACAAGCCAAAGCAAUGGGUCUCCAGUCCCACUCCAGGAUCCUUGACAUUGAUAACGUUGAUUUGGCUAUGGGGAAGAUGAUGGAGCAAGGACCAGUAUUAAUUAUCACUUUCCAGGCCCAGGUUGUUAUGGUGAUUAAGGAUCAGAAAGGGGAGGUGGUAGAAGGUGAUCCGGUAAGUGAUGCUUACAUACUGUGUGUUUAAAAAUGAGCCAGCCAG